AUGGCACUACAGGAGCAAUUGUUGAGCCUGCAGUCAGCUGCUCAAUCAAUAGCUUCAGGAGCAGGUGGUGUACCUGCAACCAGCAUACUUUGUUUAUUUGGUUAUGGACUUAGUGAAGUCUGCAAACUACAAAAUACUAUUAAGGUCCUGGAACAAAACCAAAGUCAGGACAGGGAUCAUCACCAACAUGAAAUGUCCAUUUUGCAGAAUGCACAUCAACAGAAAUUGGCAGAGUUAAGUCACCAGCAUCAACAGGAGUCAGAUGACUACGAAGGACGGAUUGCAGAACUUGAAAAGCUGUUACAUGAAGGUGACUCAGGAGUUACGGUAACUGAUGAGUCUCAUGUCUGGGAGAUGCAAAACAUGAUUCAGGUUCUACAAAGUGAAAACUAGAGUCCACAAGAAGAAUUAAAGAACUUGAGGAUACAAUAAGACAUAAAGAAAAAAUUAUCCUCCACAGAACAUGACAGAGAUGUCCUGAAGGGAGAAAAAGAGCAGCUCAGUGUGGAAAAGCAACAAAUAAUUGAAGAAUGUGAAAACUUGAAACUGGAAUGCAGUAAAUUGCAGCCUUCUAUGAUGGAGGAGAGUGAUCCUGUGGCAGGAAAGGGAACAAUUCCUCCACAGAGUUCAUCAGUGGGAGAAGUGUUCAGACUACAGCAAGCCCUGUCUGAUGCUGAAAAUGAAAAAAUGAGACUGAGUAGCUUAAGACAGGAUAGCUGUCUUGCUGAAGACAAUCUGAAACUUCAACAUGUGCAAGUUUUAGAAAAAGAGAAGUCAUUAUUGAGUCAAGAAAAGGAAGAACUUCAGAUAUCACUUUCCAAACUUAGCUGGGAAUGUGAAGUCAUUAAAAGUAAGGCUUCAACAGACAUGAAUUUGAAUAUACAAAUACAUGACUUAACACUGAACUUGGAGGCUAAGGAGCAAGAACUGAAUGAGAGUAUUAAUGAAAAGGAAAUGCUGAUAGCUCAGUUAGAAGAACUGGACAAUGAGCACCUGGAAGCUACAAAGCACAUGAAUUUGAUAAUAGAUGAGCUAUCAAAACAGCAAAAUGAAGGAGAUGGUCUAAUCAAGAAGUUGAAACAAGAUCUAGAGUAUGAAAAAGAGAGAGUUCAUCAACUUGAGGAGGAUAAUAUGGACAUAACUAAAGAGUUGCAUGUACAGAAAGAAAAGUUAACUGAGAGUGCACUGAGCCUCCAUGAUUUGCAUUUAACCAAGCAGAAGCUUGAAGAUAAAGUCGAAGAUUUAGUAGGUCAGCUAAGUCAGUCACAAAAAAGUAGUUUAAACAUCCAGCAGGAAAAUCUGGAACUUAAGGAACACAUUAGCCAAAAGGAGGAGGAACUAUGUAGAGUUCAAAAUGUGUUAAGACAUGCUGUUACACAUCAUCAAAAGGUCAUUGAAGAUCAAAACCAGAGUCACAUGCAACUACUUCAGUCACUACAGGAGCAGAAGGAGGAAAUGGAUAAAUUUAAAUACCAGUAUGAGCAGAUGAAGGCUGCACAUACCCAAAUGUUUUUUCAAAAAGACAAGGAAAUUAAGAAUUUGCAGAAAACCAUUGAACAAAUAAAAGCCCAGGGGCAUGAAGAGAGACAGGACAUUCAAACAGAGAAUGCUGAUAGUUUUCAAGAAACAAAAGUGAAAAGCCUUAAUACAGAAAAUGGGAGUGAAAACGAUGCCAUAUGUAAAGCCAAAAUGGAAAAUUUUGUGAAAAGAGUCAAAGAACGAGUACUUGAGAUUAAACUUCAGAAUUCAAAGAAUAUAUCUUUAACCAAACAGAUAGAUCAGCUGUCUAAAGAUGAGGUUGAGAAACUCACUCAAAUUAUCCAGCAGAAAGACAUGGAGAGAGGAGCUCUUCCUGCUAGAAUGUCUCUAGUUUCAUACACCUAGGAUGUCCUUGACCUCCAGCAGCAACUCCAGACCUUCGUUAUGGAAAAGAGAACAAGGAUUAGUAUUUUGAUUGGGAAGUUCCAAAAGUGA